AUGGAUUUUGAUGAAAAGAAAUUGGCCAUCCUUCCGGGAGAGAAGUCAUUCAGAGUAAUACAUAAAAAUCCUAAACUGAGUGAUUUGGUGAGAGCAAUCCGCGAAGUGAUUAAAGAGGCUGAAAUUGCUCAGAUUUGUCGUCUCUCUGGAGGGACAGAAGUGACGAUGAAGAAUCUGGAAGAUAAAUGGACCAUAUUAAAAACAGGUUUGAAAAUAGAUAAUAGAUUAUUAUUACUAGAAAGCUGUGACGAUAAAUGUAAGAGAAUAGUAUUAAAUAAAGUGCCUGGUGAGAUGGGAAAAGAAGAUGUGUACGAGUUAGUUAAAGAAUAUGGAAUUAUAAAAACGUACUUUGAGGAGACACAUGAAGAGUUUCCUAUGAUACUUACCGGAAAAAGAAUAUUAUUGAUUGAAACGAGUAAAAAAAUUCCAAACCUGAUAAAAGUUAAGGAUAGAAUAAUUGAAGUAUAUUAUCCAGGCAUCGUUAGGCAGUGUGAAGUGUGUUUUAAGGAGGGCCAUAUAAAAAGUCAGUGUCCAGAAAAAAGAUGUUUAAUUUGUAACUUAGUAGGACAUAGAAAGAAAGAUUGUACACAAGCAGGAAGUGGGGUAGAAGAAAAGGAAAUAAAUAAAGGAAAUGUGAAUAUAGAGAAUACAGAAACAGAAGGAAGUAAUAAAACAGUAGUAGUGAAGAAAAUUUAA